UCAGCGGCGCGCGCCGGAGAAGAAGCAGCGAUGGCGGCGGUGGCGGCUCCGCGGGCCCCUCCGGCCGCGCCGCUGCUCGAGGCGCUCUCGGCGCUGUCGGCGCUGCCCCCGCACCGCCGAGCGAUCCCGGGGAUCGUCCGGGGCCUCCGCGACAGCGCCGGGACUCAGGCCGCUCUCGGGGGUCUCCUCGGCGUCACCAGCGCCCGCCUGAGCUCCAUGAAGACGCGGUUCGAGGGGCUGUGCCUCCUGUCCCUGCUGGUGAGCGAGAGCCCGACCGAGGCCUUCCAGCAGCACUGCCUGGGCUGGCUCCGCCUCCUGCAGCACCUGCUACAGUCCCAGGACCCCCCUCCCACCGUGUCUUUGGGGGUCUCGGUGCUGCGGGAGCUGCUGCGAUUCUCGGCUCAGCUGCCGGAGCUGGCUCGGGACAUCGGCACCAACCACAUCCCCGGGAUCCUCACCUCCCUGCUGGCCCUCAGGCCCGAGUGCGAAGUCUCCACCCUGGAGGGGAUCAAGUCCUGCCUCUCCUUCUACCCCGGUGCCUGCGGCUCCAUGAGGGGGAAGCUGGCGGCGCAUUUCCUGGCGCGCAUCGACAGCGAGAGCCCGAGGCUGCAGCAGCUGGCCUGCGAGUGCUACGCGCUGCUGCCGGGGCUGGGCCGCGGAUUCUCGCAGGGGCUGCGGCACACGGAGUGCUGGCACCAGCAGCUGCAGGGGGUGCUGGCCACGCUCCACGGCAUCCUGGGGAGCCUCUUCGAGGGAUGUGAGACAGAUCCUCUCCCCUACGAGGGUCCUGGGGUGGAGCUGCUGCUGCCCCCGGCCCAGGACGGCGACGCCGGGGGGAUCCUGACCCUGCACUCGAGAUUUUCGGGGCUCUGCCGCGUCCUCAGGCUCCUCCUCAGUAAGGAUUUCGUGGCCCCAGUCACCGUCCCAGUUCAGGACAUUCUGGAUUUCGUUUGCCGCGCCCUCAACGUCACCAGCAAGAACCUGGGCUGGUUUGGGGAGGGGCCCCUGCGGGGGCUGCUCCUGCCCCAGGUGCACCUGGACACCCUCGACGUGCUGGGAGCGCUGGUGCUGGCGUGUGGAGCCCGUCUGGUGCGCUGGGGAUCCCUCUUGGGCCGUCUCUUCCCGCAGGUUUUGAGCUCCUGGAGCUGCUCCCGGGAUCCCCCCCCAGGGCAGGAGAGACCCUUUGGGGCGGUGAGAUGCCGCCUGUACCAGGUGCUGGAGCUGUGGGUGCAGGUGGCCGGCGCCGCCUCGGGGAUCCUGCAGGGUCCCGGCAGCGCCAGCGAGGCUCUCCUGGCUCACCUGAUCAGCGACAUCUCCCCCCCCUCUGAGGGGACCAAGCUGCGGGCGGAGCCCAAACCCAGCGCCCCCAAAAGGCCCAAAUUGGGGGAGGGUCCCGAGGGGCUCCCCCUGCACCGCAAAGGGGAACCCGCGGCCAACAGCGACACCUGCGCCGCCGCCCUGGCAGCUCUUCGCAGGAUUCUCCUCACGGGGGGACCCCUCAUCAAGGAGGAGACUCAUCGGCGCCUCCAGGAGCUGCUGCUCCCCUUGGCCCUUCGUCUUCCUCAGUGCCCCGAGCCCCCUCCCCAGGCUCCAACCCCUCCCCAGGGACCCCCCCAGGUUUUGGGGGUCCCCUCGGUGGUUUUGGGGUCCCCCUUUGCCAGCGGCCGCUGUCGGGGGGGGCUCUACGGGGUCCUUCAGGCUCUGCUGCUCGGGGCCCCCCCCGGGGCCGCGCCGCCGCUGCCGUGCGCGCUCAGAGCCUUCGGGCAGGGGAUGAGGGACCCCGACGUGCAGGUCUCCUCCCUCUGCUCCGAGCUCCUCCUCACCUUCACCGCCCUCAGCCGGGCCUGGAGCGCCCCUCCCCCCUCCCCCUCCCCUCCCCCGGGUGGGGGCGGGGCUCCGCCGGCGGGUGGGGGAGGGGCGCGGCCCCGGCGCCCGGUUUUCGUUCACUACGAGCGCGAGGAGGCCUCGGACGUGGAGAUUUCCCUGGAGAGCGACUCCGACGAUUCCGUGGUGAUCGUGCCCAAAAAAACCUCACUUCCGGUCGCCGUGACGUCACUUCCUGUCGCCGUGACGUCGCUUCCUGUCCAGCCGGCGGCGCUUCCGGUUCCGCCCCAACCGCUUCCGGUUCAGAGCGCCCCGCCCCCUCCCCCCCCCCCCACCCCCCCCGCGGCGGCUCCCGAGGGUGGGGGAGGGGAGGAGGAGGAGGAGGAUCGGGAGGAAGAUGAAGGGGAGGAGGAAAAUGGCGGCGGAGGAGGAGGAGGAGGAGGAGGAGGAAAAGAAAAUGGCGGCGGGGCGGAGGAAAAUGGCGGCGGCGUCGGGGAGGUGGGGGAGGGGGAGGAGGUGGGGGAGGGGCCGGCGGUGAUCAACAUCAACAGCAGCGAGGAAGAGGAGGAAGAGGAAGAGGAAGAAGAGGAGGAGUUUGGGGAGGAAGAGGAGGAAGAGGAGGAGUUUUUCGAGGAGGAGGAGGAAGAGGAAGAGGAGGAGUUCGAGGAGGAGGAAGAGGAGGAGUUUGAGGAGGAAGAGGAGGAGUUCGAGGGGGAGGGGCUGUCGGAGGAGGAGGAGGAAGAGGAGGAGGAUGAAGAGGAAGGCGGGGCGGAGGAGCCCCCCGAGGCCCCCCCGGGACAGGAGCAGGGUGAGGAAGAGGACGAGCGCGACGAGGCCAGCACGAUGAUCGCCGAUUUCAUCGAUUGCCCCCCCGAUGAUGAAAAAACCCCCGAGACCCCCCUGUGAGAGCCCCCCAAAAUCCGCC